AUGGCCUCUCCUCUGCAGUACUUCCUUAUCCCAGCCUCUCCUCUGCAGUACUUCUUUAUCCCAGCCCCUCCUCUGCAGUACUUCCUUAUCCCAGCCUCUCCUCUGCAGUACUUCCUUAUCCCAGCCCCUCCUCUGCAGUACUUCCUUAUCCCAGCCUCUCAUCUGCAGUACUUCCUUAUCCCAGCCUCUCCUCUGCAGUACUUCCUUACCCCAGCCUCUCCUCUGCAGUACUUCCUUAUCCCAGCCUCUCCUCUGCAGUACUUCCUUACCCCAGCCUCUCCUCUGCAGUACUUCCUUAUCCCAGCCUCUCCUCUGCAGUACUUCCUUAUCCCAGCCCCUCUGCAGUACUUUCUUAUCCCAGCCUCUCCUCUGCAGUACUUCCUUAUCCCAGCCUCUCCUCUGCAGUACUUCCUUAUCCCAGCCCCUCCUCUGCAGUACUUCCUUAGGUCAGCCCCUCCUCUGCAGUACUUCCUUAUCCCAGCCUCUCCUCUGCAGUACUUCCUUAGGUCAGCCUCUCCUCUGCAGUACUUCCUUAUCCCAGCCUCUCCUCUGUGGUACUUCCUUAGGUCAGCCCCUCCUCUGCAGUACUUCCUUAGGUCAGCCCCUCCUCUGCAGUACUUCCUUAUCCCUGCCUCUCCUCUGCAGUACUUCCUUAUCCCAGCCCCUCCUCUGCAGUACUUCCUUAUCCCAGCCUCUCCUCUGCAGUACUUCCUUAUCCCAGCCUCUCCUCUGCAGUACUUCCUUAUCCCAGCCUCUCCUCUGCAGUACUUCCUUAUCCCAGCAUCUCCUCUGCAGUACUUCCUUAUCCCAGCCCCUCCUCUGCUUUACUUCCUAAUCCCUGCCUCUCCUCUGCAGUACUUCCUUAGGUCAGCCCCUCCUCUGCAGUACUUCCUUAUCCCUGCCUCUCCUCUGCAGUACUUCCUUAGGUCAGCCCCUCCUCUGCAGUACUUCCUUAUCCCAGCCUCUCCUCUGCAGUACUUCCUUAGGUCAGCCCCUCCUCUGCAGUACUUCCUUAUCCCUGCCUCUCCUCUGCAGUACUUCCUUAGGUCAGCCCCUCCUCUGCAGUACUUCCUUAUCCCUGCCUCUCCUCUGCAGUACUUCCUUAGGUCAGCCCCUCCUCUGCAGUACUUCCUUAUCCCUGCCUCUCCUCUGCAGUACUUCCUUAUCCCAGCCCCUCCUCUGCAGUACUUCCUUAUCCCAGCCUCUCCUCUGCAGUACUUCCUUAUCCCAGCCCCUCCUCUGCUUUACUUCCUUAUCCCUGCCUCUCCUCUGCAGUACUUCCUUAGGUCAGCCCCUCCUCUGCAGUACUUCCUUAUCCCAGCCCCUCCUCUGCAGUACUUCCUUAGGUCAGCCCCUCCUCUGCAGUACUUCCUUAUCCCUGCCUCUCCUCUGCAGUACUUCCUUAGGUCAGCCCCUCCUCUGCUGUACUUCCUUAGGUCAGCCCCUCCUCUGCAGUACUUCCUUAGGUCAGCCACUCCACAUAAGAGUUAG